AUGGCUUUAGACCAUAACUCAUAUACGGCAGUCAAUCCGAAUCACUCGGUAGACCUCCAAUCUCCUCGGAAUCUCGAAAAACCUGAGGGUCCUUCCGCUCCACAGGGAGAUCUUUCGGAGCCAUUUCCUAGGGACAUCACCGGCUGGAAGUGGGCCGUGGCCGCCUUCACUCUCUGCUCCUCCAUCUUCCUCUACUCGCUCGAUGGCACUAUCGUGGCCGUCAUCCAAGCCACCAUUGUUGCCGAGUUCGACUCUCUGAACAACCUCGCCUGGAUCAACGUCGGCUUCCUCAUGGGCGGCACCGCCUUCAACAUGGUCUGGGGCCAGGUUUAUGGACAGUUCAAUUCCAAAUGGGUCUACAUCUUCAAUGUCGUCCUGUUCGAGAUUGGUUCUGCCAUCUGCGGCGCCGCGCCUACGAUGGACGCCCUCAUCGUAGGUCGUGUCAUUUGCGGAAUCGGCGGCUCGGGCCUCUACAACGGCGCUUUUACCCUCAUCUCCCAGACCACCACAAUGGCGGAGCGGCCCCUUUACGUAUCGGGCACCGGCUUCACAUGGGGCUUGGGCACGGUUUUGGGCCCUCUUGUGGGCGGUGCGUUUCAGGAGUCCAAGGUCGGUUGGCGGUGGGCUUUCUACAUCAAUCUCUUCAUCGGGGUCGUUUGCGCUCCCGCCUGGCUGUUCCUAAUUCCCAGCAAGAAUCCGCGACCGGGAGUUCCCCUCAAGACUCGCCUUCGGGAGUUUGACUACGCCGGAAUGCUUCUGCUCAUGAGCUGUCUGGUCUGUCUCAUCAUGGCCAUCAACUUUGGCGGUUUGACCUACCCCUGGAAGUCGGGUCAAAUCAUCGGCCUGUUCGUGGCCGCUGGUGUGCUCUUCCUGCUUUUGGCGUUCCAGCAAGGCUUGACUUUGUUCGUGACCUUGCCACGCCGUCUGAUCCCCGUUCAGCUGAUCCGGUCGCCCCUCAUCCUCAUGCUCUUCGCCUGCACUUCCGCAUCGGCAGCCGGGGUCUUUGUACCCAUCUUCUUCGUGCCACUCUUCUUCCAAUUUACGCGGGGCAGCGACGCCUUCGAGACGGGUGUGCAAUUGCUGCCGCUGAUCAUCUGCCUCAUCUUUUCCAUCGGUGUCAACGGCGCCCUGAUGGCCAAGUUUGGCUACUACAUGCCCUGGUACCUACUUGGCGGGCUUCUCUGUGUGGCAGGAGGUGCUUUGAUGUAUACGGUCGACCAGUACACGAGCGCUGGUCACAUCUACGCAUACACGGUGCUCAUCGGAAUAGGUGUAGGCAUGUGGAUUCAAGCUGCUUUUUCGGUGGCUCAGGCCAAAGUCGACACGGGGAACGUUCCGGCGGCGAUCGGCUUCAUCACGCUCGCGCAGUUUCUGGGCAAUACCAUGGCACUGGCUAUCGCCAACUCCAUCUUUCUUAACCUAGCCGAGUCCAGGGUCCAAGAGCUUCUUCCCGAGCUUUCCCCCAAGCAGAUUGAAGCUGCCAUCUCGGGUGUUGCGGUGAACUUCAUGAAGGGCCUCAAUCAGAAAGUUCGGGCCCAGGUUCUCGAAACCAUUGUCACCUCUAUGGGUACCACAUACAUUCUGGUCAUGGUCGCUGGUGCUCUUGUUUCAGUGCUGAGCCUGUUCAUGAAGCGCGAGAAACUUUUCAUCACGGCGGUAAUGGCUGGAGGGUAG